AUGGCAGAAUUAGCCAAAUUAAAGAAAUGGGUUGAAUUUAAAAGUACAUUUGAUUCGACUAUUCAUAGAAAGGAAAAUUUAUCAAAAGUUGAUAAAUUAAAUUAUUUAAAAUCUUUGCUAAAAGGUGAAGCGUUAAGUAUUAUUUCCUCAAUAAGUGUUACUGAAGAAGGGUAUGAUUUAGCAUACAAUUUGUUGAUAAAUGAAUAUGAAAAUUCUUUAUUAAUUAUCAAUAGUCACAUAAAAUCAUUACUUGAAUUACCGACUUUAAAAAGUUUAAAAGUACCCGUUGAUAAUUGGGAUCUUAUUUUAAUUUACAUCAUUGUACAAAAGUUAGAUAACAUAUCUAGACAAGAAUGGGAAUUACAAUUAGAUAGGAAAAAUAUUCCGAAAUUAAAUAAUUUGUUAGAAUUUUUGGAACAUCGAGCAAAAGCAUUUCAAAUUUUGUCAUUAGAUUCGGUUAAUAAAUUAAAAAAUGAUAAUAAUAAAAAACAAAUUUCGUUACCAUUAAAUACGGAUACAACAAAAAGAUGUUGCUUUUACUGUAAAUUAAAUAAUCACGACAGGCGAGAGUUUGUAGCUAAAAAUAGGUUAUGUUUUCUAUGUUUAAAUGAACAUUCCAUAUAUAAUUGUCGAUCCAAAAUGAAAUGUCGUAUUUGUAAUAAAAGGCAUAAUGACAUGUUACACUAUGAAAAUGCAAAUACAUCGCUUGAAGUUUUGGAUAAUAAGGAUCAUAAUUCUCAAUAUAAAAAAGGUGAUAAAUUAAAUAUUAGUAAAGAAAAUUUAAAUAAAAAUAAUGGCGAACAAGUUAGUUGUUGUUCAAAUCAAAAUAUUAAAUCUAAUACACAUGAAACAUUGUUACCGACGGUCAAAUUAAAAAUUUUCGGAAAAGAUGGAAAAUAUCUUAUAGUUAGAGCAUUAUUAGAUAGUGCGAGUGAAAGUAAUUUUCUACGUCAAACUAUUGUUGACAGAUUAGGUUUAUGUAAACAAAGACAAAAUUUAAAUAUUGAAGGUUUGUCAGGUCAUAAAGUUCAAGUUACUGAAUCAGUUAAUAUUAAAAUACAUUCGUUGCAUUCAUCAUUUAAUGCUGAUAUAGAAUGUUUCGUUUUAGAUAAUAUUACGUUAACUACGGUUACAUACGGUGCUACUUCUAGUCCGUAUUUAGCAAUUAAAGUUUUACAUAAAUUAGCCGAAGAAAAUGAAAAUUGUUUUCCUAAAGCAGCUAAAGUUAUAACACGUGAUUUUUACAUGGAUGAUUGUCUUACUGGAGCAAAUUCAGCUCAAGAACUGUUAAAUUUAAAAGAUAAUAUAGUUUCAAUUUUAGAAAGUGCAGGAUUUGAAUGCCAUAAAUGGGUUUCAAAUUGUAAAGAACUUUUGAAUACCAUACCAUUAGAAAAACAAGAAAAAUGUUUAAAUAACUACGAAUCAGACAAACUUAAAAUUUGGACGUUUAAAGAUUUGAAUUGGGAUACGCCUCUACCAACAAAAUUACAUAAUGAAUUUAUAAGUAAUUUUUCUGACAUUCAAUUACUAAACAAAGUGAAAAUUCCAAGGCAUUAUUUUCAUAAUUAUGUUUUAAUUAAAAGUCAUACAUUACAUGGGUUUUGUGAUAGUAGCAAAUACGCUUAUGGCGCAUGCGUAUAUAUUAGGUCUCUUUAUGAAGAUGGUAGUGUAACUACAAAUUUAAUUGCAUCAAAAACAAAAUUAGUACCUUUAAAAGGAACCACUUUACCAAGAAAUUCAAGUAUCAUUUAUGGAUGGAUUAAGUCUGAUCCAAGUAAAUUAAAAAUGUUUGUUUCAAAUCGUGUUUUUAGUAUUCAAGAAUUAACAAAUUCAUUGAAUUGGUAUCAUUUGAAUUCGGAAUAUAAUUCGUGCGCAGAUAAGUUAAGUAGAGGAUUAAGUGUUUCAGAAUUUUUGAAUUUUCAAAAUGUUUGGUUCCAUGGUCCGGAAUGGUUAACAUUAGAAAAGACACAUUGGCCAAAAUCAAACAUUAAUCUUAGUAAAUUAACAUUACAUGAAACAAAAGAUGAAGUCAUUACUGUGUUAUUUACGAAAAUCGAAAAUAAUAACAUAUUUUAUGAUAUAAUUAAUAGUACAUCAGACUAUAUGAAAUUGUUUAGAGCAAAAGGCCAACAGCAAUUAAUGGCAGAUUUGCCUAAAGAACGUGUUAAUUUAUCUAGGCACUUUCUAGAAACAGGAAUAGACUUUGGGGGUCCAGUAUUAGUAAAACAAUCUCUAUUAAUUAAGGAAGAUGGUGUUCCACCAUUAAAAUGGAUUUUAGCGCGAAUUUCAAAAUUGAUAAAAGAUAAGAAUAAUAUCGCUAGAUCCGCUAUUGUGAAAACUCAAAAAGGUGAAUUUACCAGAUCAAUUACCAAGUUAUGA